ACCAGGAAAGAGGGCUUGACGUGAUCUGGACUGAGGCGGAUGAGACCAGAAACCUUUGUUCUGUGUCUCCUCCCAGAGCGACGAAGAAGAAAAAAAAAACACAAGGACCUGUCCAUGCCGCCAGCACAGCCGCGCUCGCCAUUUGUGGGCUGGGAGUCGCUCGAUGUUUUCCUACACAUAAUUUAGCAGAUUUAUUAAGUGGGCUUUGCGUUUUUUAUUGCCGAUCGCCGCGAGUCGAGGGGGGACGUCUGGCCGCUAUCCUCCCGUCAGCUGCUAAAUGGAAAUAAACCGCGGAGCUGAAAGUGGAAGCAGUCGAGGUAACGAUGUUCCGGUGCACUAUCUUCGCCUCCUGGCCCCGCCCUUGCAGCUGCUAUCGGCUGCAGUGUGGCAAGUCGUGCAGCAGGGACUUGUGGGGCACUAUGGGAUGCUGGAGGAGUUUGUUACCAUGGUGACGGAGCUGGUCCCAGAGCUGAUGAGCUACAGUCAGAGAGCUCAGCUCGUCCUGGGGCUCAGGGCCAGGCUUGUUCUGGAGAUGUGCCGAGGCGAGCGCCCGGUCGACAUGCAGACCAUUCAGCCACAUCUGGACAGAAUCAAAGCUCCUGUCAGCACUGCCAAGGAUCAUCAUGAAACCAUUGACCAGGUGGAGGAAUCCGAGGUGAAUUUUGUGGAGUUGGUCCAUUCGUUGUUGGAGGAUCCUUCCGAAAGAAAAUAUUUUUUCCAGGAAAUCUUCCCUGUGUAUUUCGGGCCAAAGUAUGACGCGGCUCUGGAGAUGCUGGUGUGGGAGUUUAUAUCACGACUGGACGAGCUGCUGCCGGUACCAGACUUCACACAGUUGACAGCCUUGCUUGGAGACGCUCCGUCAUUCCUUGAUGACUGUUUACAAUCCCUUUUCCCACAAGAAGACAUGAAGGCAGUACUUGAACACCACCGAAGCCUCGGCCACUUUAAGGAGAAAGAUCCUGGAUUGUUACCAAUGGACGACUGCAUCCUCUCCUCCUUGUCGCUACCUCCUGGGACCAAAGCUGUCAUGGGCGCCGCCUCCGGCUCACCUGCUCUCAAAGACACUCUGGAGCACAAAGGACGCCUCGAAGCUCUCGCCGGCGCCCUGGAGAGGCCGUGUGGGCGGAGCUCUGAGACGAUCAAAGCACGGGCCAAGGACACGAGGGACUCUGGCCCGUGGCAGCAGCCGAUGAGGGGCGGUAACGUUUCUCAGGAGAGGAAAGCGCCGCACCCUGCUAGCGCGCGGCCGUGUGACGAAACCAUCGACCUCACAGAGUCUAACGACACCGCGGACGCAGACGCAGCGGCCAGUGGGGACGGUCGGAGUGGGAGGGAGUCGCAGGGCUUUCGCAAGAGGAAGCUGAGCGAAGACGGGGACGUUCCUGCCAAGCAGCUUGUGGAGGCGUCAGCCUUUGUAGACUCCUCAGUGGACGAUGAGAAUUCAGGUGAAUCACCUCUAAUCUCAAUAUGGGGAGAAUAUACAGACUCUCAGGAAGCGUCUGUUCCGACUGUGACGGACACAAAAGUCCCCUGGUCGGACGAGGAGACGCUGCAUCUGCUCGACAUCUGGGGGAAGGACUCGGUCCAGAGGGCCUUGAAGGGCUGCCUGAAAAACCGCCACAUCUUCACGCAGAUCGCUCAGACGAUGGCGGAGAGGGGCUACAUGCGAACGGUGGAACAGUGCCAGACCCGGAUGAAGCGCCUCAGGAAAUGGUUCCGCCAAAACUGCAACAAAGGGAACUCUAAGACGGAGCACAAGUUCUACGAGCGCCUGGAGCGGGUCCUGGGCUCAUUGGCUCCUUCGGCUGUCCCGGAGGUCACCUACGACGUUGAAGAAAUCAUUGAUGAAGACGAGUCUCAGGACGGCGAUGAAGACUUGCAGUUCAUUGGCCACACAAGCCCGCUGGAAAUUGGAACCAGAAGUGUUCCCUGGACAGACCUGGAGACGCUGGCCCUCAUUAACUUGUGGGGGGAAAGCAGGAUACAGCAGGAGCUGAGGGAGACGCACAGAACCGGGCCCCUGUUCUCCAUCAUAUCCACAAACAUGGUGACCCAGGGCUUCUCCCGGACGCCGGAGCAGUGCCAGACGCGGCUGAAGCGGCUGAAGUCCAGCUUCAGGCAGUGCUACCAGAACAACUUGAAGGGCCAGGAGCAGGUUGUGUGCAAGUUUUACAACGAGCUGGGGAGGAUUUUAGUGAAAGACUUCCCGUCGGUGGCGCAGCUGGAGGAAGGAGCGGGACAGACGGAGGACAGUGACUUUCCUGCCUACUCUCAUCACGAGAUCGAGUCUACUGUGGGCAUUCAGGAAGACAGGAAGAAGGUCCCCUGGUCUGAUAAAGAGACCAUCAUUCUUCUGGAGCUGUGGGGAGACACACAGGUGCAGCAGAAUCUGAGACGUUACCCGCACAACGGCCACGUUUUUACUGACAUAGCAGAGAAGCUCAGCGCUAGUGGCUACUCCCGUAGUCCAGAGCAGUGCCACUCCCGGAUUAAAAGGCUUAAAACCACCUAUCGCCAGUGUCUGGAAAAUAUGAGCUCGUCUGGGGCGGACAGAGUCGAUUUCAAGUUCUACGAUCUGCUGGAACAAAUCCUGGACAAGCAGCCGUCAACAUCCGCCACUGUGGUGACCGACUCCAUUGAAAUAUCCGAAGAGUCCAAUGACGAGUCUGUGACUGAAACAGAUGCGGACGUGCGCGUGUCCAGUGAAAAACCAGCCGGCAGCUCGUGGUGCGACGAGGAGACACUGGCGCUCAUCAACAUCUGGGGCGACGUCGAUGUCCAGCGGACGCUGAGGGGCUUCGUGCACAACGGACACGUGUAUGCCGACAUCUCGGAGAGGAUGCACGACCACGGCUACUUCAAAACGCCGGAGCAGUGCCGCUGGAAGGUGAAGUCGCUGAGGACCAACUUCCGACAGUGCUACGAAAAAAAGAAAUGUGGGAGACGAGUGGAUUACAAGUUCUACAACCACCUUGAACAGAUUCUGGGUCAGGAAGCAGUUUCUAUUGACGAGUACGACGAGAGAGAUGAACACGCAGACCAGGAACCAGGCAUGGACGGCACGAACACGGCGUGGACAGAGGAAGAGACGGUGGCGCUCAUCGAGAUUUGGGCUGCUGAUGACGUGCAGCACAGCCUCACAACCUGCGUCCGAAACGGCCACAUAUUUGUGGAUAUAUCUGAGAAAAUGGCCGCCAUGGGGUACCUGAGGAACGCAGAGCAGUGCCAGUCCCGGAUAAAACGGAUAAAGAAGACGUACAGGCGUUACUGCAACAACCAGAGAAGUGGAGGACGUCCUGGUGUCUUCAGAUACUACCACCUCCUGGCUCCAGUGCUCGGUGAUGCCUCCAUGAGUGCAGAUGUGGACAGCUCUGCUGCUGAUGUCAGCUUGCAACCCUUGACUGACGAGGAUUUAGACUUGUAUGACCAUCCAUCCGCCAACCACCUCAUGGCUGACCUGAGCAGGAAGAUGCCCUGGUCGGACCAGGAGACUCGCACUCUGCUGGAGAUCUGGGGCGACGAUCACGUCCAGCUCACCCUCAGGGGUUGCCUGAAGAACCGGCACGUGUUUGAGUACAUCUCGGAGAAGAUGAGCGAGCACGGAUUCAUGAGAACGUCAGAGCAGUGCUACACCCGCAUUAAGCGCCUAAAGUAUUCAUUCUUCCACGAAAAGGGGGAAUUUAAAUUCUUCAAUGAGAUGGACAAGAUUUUGAGGAAGGAGUCGAAAGUUGAUGACUCAGUCGGGGAGAUGUUGGUCACAGAUGAGCUGGACGACUGCACGCCUGAACCAGGCCAGAAGAAAGGUAGCCAGUGGGCGGCUGACGGCUUGAAGCAAACCUGGAGCGACGGCGAGACGGGGGCCCUCCUGGACAUCUGGGGCAGCGAGGAGAUCCAGGAGAACCUGAAGAGCUGCACAAAGAACAAGCACAUCUUCAUCCAGAUCUCUCAGGUCAUGGCCAGCCAAGGCUACCUGCGCACACCUGAGCAGUGCCAGACGAGGAUCAAGAGGCUGAGGGCCAACUUCAGAAGCUUCCUGGAUGGACGGAGAGCAGACAAACAGGAGUGCAAGUACUUUGAGCAGUUGAUGCGCGUCUUUGGCAGCAAGUACAUGAUGACCUCUGACCCCCAGACUGACGAUGCAGCUGAUGUUGUAGAGUCAUGAGACUGUCCAUCACGAGGACAGCACGGCUGCAGCAGAGGGGAAGUAUGGAGGAUAAAAUAAGAAGGACAUUAACAUGGUAACUGUAGUGGUUCGUUGUUUACAGGUGACCAACAACAGCCUCUGCAUAAAGCUCAAAUACUUUUACAUUCUUAAGAACACAAAGACUUCAGGCUGUAAGGCUGUGUGUGUGUGUGUGUGUGUGUGUGUGUGUGUGUGUGUGUGUGUGUGUGUGUGUGUGUGUGUGUGUGUGUGUGUGUGUGUGUGUGUGUGUGUGUGUGUGUGUGUGUCUUUCUGAUUAUCAACUAAAGAGCCAUGUCACUAAAACCAGGAUGCUCAGGGCCUGAGGGACAAGAAUGAACCAGAUCUCUUUUGGGAGUUGCGCAAACUCCGUGCUCUUCUAGGUGUUUUUCUAGCGUUCAGUUAUUUUUAUUAGGACCUAAUAAGCAAAGCACAUGCAAGAGUAAGUAACCACAGCGCAUUUUCUUUUGGCUCUCACUUUGGCUCUCAGUUAACUCUUCUGACUUUCCACUUGUCUGCAAUGAACUGUUCUAAAAAAAUUUAAAUUCUCAUUUUAUACUUUGUUGUCCUUGUUCAUAAUUGUAUUUAUUAAAUUAUUUUUAUGUUAAUACUUUACAGUUUAAUGUCUUCAUUCUUCUUAUUACUGAGGCUCGUUUGUCAUAAGACUAAAUGCUGGAGCCUCUGCUGGGAUCUUUCAUUCGCAUUGUGAUUCAAAAUUGUUGUCAUUCCUAUUCCAGUUCAUUUAUUAUUUGUGUUUCUUUACAAAUAAUGGGUUUGUGAUACGAGCUGUACAUGUUAGUGCCACCAGAUGGCGCCAGUGGAUAAGAAUAAAAGGUAUUCCACAGAA